AUGUACCACGACGAGGCAACACACAAUGACAAGGAAGAAUGGGAAGUUCCGGAACAAGAAGACAACGCGAUUGAUAUAAACGAGGAAGAAUACGAUGAAGAGGACGAUUGGCAAGACACGAACGUGAUCGAUUACUGGCAAGCAGCUUUCAAAGGAUAUAUGAGUUAUCAUCAAAAGGAUGCCGAUCCAGCCAUCUUGAUUCCUGCACCCAAACGGCGACCCAAGAGAGAUGAUCAUACCAAAGGCACGAAGAGGAAAUGGGAGGAUGAUGAUGAUAAGGUUGAAGAACAACAGCAACAAGAUGACGAGAUUGAAGAGGAACAAGAAGAGGAGGAACAAGGUUAUGAGGAGGAAGCUAUUGAAGAUACACAAUGGAAGGAUGCUGAACAAGAAACGACUGAUCAACAACAAUACAAUGAUUCAUAUCAAUACUACAAUUACUACCAUCAGCAACAACAAUAUCCACAAUUGCAUCAAGGAUACGCAUCGGGUAAUGUUUCGGGUCAAGGGUUUGGAGCACAACCACCACCACCACCACCUCCUCCAUUUCCAGGUAAUCCCUCAUUCAUGGCUGCUCAAGACAAUGAAGCGUUUGCCAAUAUGAUUAUGGCAUGGUACUACAGUGGCUAUUAUACGGGAUAUUACCAAGCUAGGCGUGGAUAG